GACUUUUAACGUCGCUCCCCUUCAGACUCAGAGCGAUGUGGAAAUUUGACAACACGGAAGUGUGAAGAUGGCUCCGAGUGGACUGAAGGCGGUGGUGGGAGAGAAAAUCCUCAACGGAGUCCUGAAGAGUGUGAAGAAGGAUGGGGAGUGGAAGGUACUUAUUGUUGAUCACAUGAGCAUGCGGAUUCUGUCCUCCUGCUGUAAGAUGUCUGACAUCAUGGCUGAAGGUGUUACCAUCGUGGAGGACAUUAACAAGCGGAGAGAGCCCAUUUCCAGUCUGGAGGCCAUCUACCUCAUUUCUCCUCUGCCAAAGUCAGUUCAAUCUCUGAUCAACGAUUUCAAAGACACGGCUUUCACGUACAAGGCUGCGCAUAUCUUCUUCACCGACACUUGUCCAGACGGUCUUUUCGCUGAAAUCGGGAGGUCGAGAGUCUCAAGAGUCAUCAAGACGUUGAAGGAAAUCAACGUGGCUUUCUUACCCUUCGAAUCCCAGGUGUUUACUCUGGAUAAUCCCAGUUCGCUUCACGCUUUCUACAGCCCCUCUAGUACCAACCUGGACGAGCGAUCCAAAAUGAUGGAGGCUGUGGCCGAGCAGAUCGCCACGCUGUGCGACACGCUGAAGGAAUAUCCAGCCAUCUGUUACCGCCAGGGUCCGAAGGAGAACUUAGCGCUGGCUGAGAUGGUGCUGGAUCGCUUGAACGCACACAAAGCAGAUAACCCAAGCAUGGGAGAGGGCACGGAUAAAGCACGCUCCCAGCUGCUUAUCGUGGACCGUGGCUAUGACCCCAUCUCUCCCAUCCUGCAUGAGCUCACCUUUCAGGCUAUGGUCUACGACAUGCUGGACAUUGAUCAGGACAUCUACAGGUAUGAAACAACGGGACUUGGGGACAACAAGAUGAAGGAGGUUCUGCUGGACGAGGAUGAUGAGCUGUGGGUGCAGCUCAGACACAUGCAUAUCGCCGACGUCACCAAGAAAGUGACUGAGCUGCUGCGUACCUUCUGUGAAAGUAAGAGGAUGAACACGGACAAAGCCAAUCUGAAAGAUCUGUCUCAGAUGCUGAAGAAGAUGCCACAGUACCAGAAAGAGCUGAGCCUGUACUCCACUCAUCUCAACCUGGCAGACGCCUGCAUGAAGAAAUUCAAAGCCUCUCUGGAUAAACUGUGUGAGGUUGAGCAGGAUCUGGCCAUGGGCUCCAACGCAGAGGGCGAGCCUCUUAAAGACGCCAUGAAGAGCAUCGUUCCCGUCCUGCUCAAUGCGGAGAUUCAACCCUACGACAAAAUCCGCAUCAUUCUGCUCUAUAUCUUCUACAAGAAAAAGGGCAUCGCCGAAGAGAACCUGACCAAGCUCAUCCAGCAUGCUAACGUCCAGUCGGACAGUAACAUCAUCACCAACCUGCAGCACCUCGGCUGCCCCAUCAUCACCGGGGGUGCGAAUGCUGGGAAAUCUCUUCCAGAGAGGAAAGAUCGGACCGGAGACACGUACCAGCUCUCCCGCUGGACCCCCAUCGUCAAAGACAUCAUGGAGAACAUCAUCGAGGACAAGCUGGACAGGAAGCAGUGGCCGUACCUCUCGGAUCCCGCGCCCAUCAGCACACAGCAGACCGUAGUGAGCAGCGCACGGUUCGGACACUGGCACAAGAACAAGGCGACGACGGAGUACCGCAGCGGGCCUCGCCUCAUCGUCUUCGUGAUCGGAGGAGUCACACACUCGGAGAUGCGCGCCGCUUACGAGGUCACUCGCGCCACUGACGGCAAAUGGGAGGUUCUGAUUGGCUCCUCCCACAUCUUGACCCCGACCAGUUUCCUGAACGAUUUGAAGACCCUGGAGCAGCCAGCACAUGCGUCCGCUUAACCUCAGCACCUCCGGGCUCCUGAACCUUCAGCACCAUGCCGUUACACGUGUCCCCUGUUCUGUCUAAUCCUCAAUCUGAUGAUCCUCAGCAUUUUCACAGCUUUCUUCUCUGUUGUUUUUAAUGGUUCUGGAGAACACAGUGUGGAUAGAAAUGUUUCUGCUAUUUAAAUAAUUUAAUAAUGACAUUGACCAAGACGCUGGAGACGGAGACGUGUGUGGGCGGAGUCUCGCUGAUCUACAGACGUCUGCUUACUGCCAGCUGGUACAGACACUGGGUUGGAGAAAAGCUUUAUAUAUACACACACACACACACACACACACACACACACACA